AUGGAUGCAAUAACAGAAUCGCCUGGGCGAUAUCGGCCUGUGUCGCAUAAAUACGAUACGAUAGACGGAAGAUAUAAGUUUUUUGAGACGACUCGUGCUCAUCGGAUGCAAACAUACUAUCCAUUGAUACAACUUGGUCAUUCCUCUUAUUCAUCUGCACGACACAAGAUCACUAGUCAGAAAUCACAACCUUCGACCGGAAGUGAAAUGGAUAUUAGUCAACUUGAAGCUGAUUCAGAUAGCAAGAAGGUAACAAUUAACGAUUUGUCGAAUGAUAUAUUGUUGACAAUAUUUGCUUAUUGCCAUCCAAUUGAUUUGGUCCACUGUUUCUCUUUGGUUUGUCACCGUUGGAAUUAUCUGGCGAAUCAUUCUGCUUUUUUCACCGAAGUUCGGGUGUUAAUUAACGAUAUUUCGUUGAAAUAUGGCAGUGUGAAAAAAUUCUUCCGUAGAACCUCACAGUGUCUUCGAAAAUUGUGUAUUGAUUGUUCUAUGCCAUUGCCAUCCUCCAAAGUGAACGCAUUAUUCGAAAUUUGUUUUCCUAAUGUAAUCCAUCUCGAUAUUGGCUCUUUUAAGGAAAUGAAUACUACAUUGUUGAAAAAAUUGUCAAGUAGUUUCCCGAAUGUUAAAACAUUGCAUAUGGAAAGAGUGGGAAAGAGUCCAAAGUGUGAUAAUGCAGACGAAUGGAGAAAUACGUUGGAAAUGUUAUUCGAAGAUGAAAGCAUUUUUCCGAAGGUGCAGAAUUUUUUCUUUGGUGACGUAAGGGCAUACUGUCAGGAAAGUAAUCCAAAAUUGCCGGCUUGUAAACGUCCGCUGAAUUUAUUACAUAUUUACGACGGAGUAGCUGAGACUGAUUUCAGCAAGAUUACAACCUCUCCGUGGAGGUCUACUCUUACCGAGCUUCAUCUCGGAUCUUAUAUUAGAAAUGAACACAUUGAAUACAUUGGUCUUUUGCAUAAUUUGAAAGUAUUUUCAUGGGGUUUGAGCCUCUACACUUUUGAUGAAGAGUUUGCGCAUAUAAAGAAAUUGUACAAUUUGGAGGAGUUACGGGUAUGGUUUGGCGGACAAGAUUGUAAUGUUUCGCCCGAUGGGUUAAUUGAAUUAUUCACUUUGCCAGAGAAGGAACCUGAAAAAUCAUUCCCAUACAAACUUAGGCAUUUAGUAAUGUCGAAUUACUUGGAAGGCACAGUCGAUCUGUUUAGAGUCAUUGAUCGGAAUUGUCCAAAUUUGAAAACACUGGGUUUGCCAUUCAAUGAAUAUUUAACGUUCAAUGAUGGAGUUAUGCCUUUCAUUGUUAGUAAUUUCAAGCAUUUAGUUUUUCUGGAUCUAAGCAAUUUCGGGGAUUGUUAUAAAGACGAAGUCUGGAAUAAUCUAGAUGACAAUGAUUUGCCGGAUUUGCGUCUUCUCAUACUUCAUACGAAUGAAGUUAAUAUUGAAAAUCUGCAACGCUUGAAUUUGAAACGACCUAAACUAUUAAUUUCAACCAAACGGAAUCAUUUUAUUAAUUGGACCGAAACUGAGAAUGGUUGUGUUUUCCACGAUUCCUUUGAUGGUGAUAUUAGAGCGAUAGAGAAUGAUUUGCGUCAGAUUGAUGGGUUGCGUGAUUUUACAAUAAAUUCGGGAUUAUCCAUCUGUGACAAUGUUGAUAUGAACAUUUUGGCACGUUCAUCAUCAGUUGAUUUCUACACCGACCACAGAAUAUUGCCAUUCACCAGUGACCAUUCUAUUUGA